ACUCACCCAGCAAUGCUGAAAUUUCUUAUACGAGCCGAAAGUGAACAACUUGUCAUCAGUCUGGAGAGAAAUGAUGGUCUCUUUGCUGGCAACAUAACAGAAAUGCAUUAUUUGGAAGAUGGUAGUACCACUAUUGUCACGCGUAAUUAUACGAAUCAUUGCUUCUAUCAUGGCCAUGUACAAGAAUAUGCUGAAUCUGCAGUAAUUUUGAGUACAUGCUCUGGACUCAG